UCCAUCAUGAACCUGCGAGAGCUCGUGUCGGCCCUGAAUGACUUUGCAUCCCUCUCCCUGGCUGAAAGCUGGGACAAUGUGGGGUUGUUGGUGGAGCCAAGUCCUCCCCACGCUGUGAACACCCUUUUCCUCACUAACGAUCUCACCGAGGAGGUGAUGGAAGAGGCGGUGCAGAAGAAAGCAGACCUCAUUCUUUCUUACCAUCCUCCCAUAUUCACGCCGCUCAAGCGAGUAACGUGGAAGACCUGGAAGGAACGGCUUCGAGCCCUGGAGCACAGAAUCGGGAUUUACUCUCCCCAUACAGCCUACGAUGCCAUUCCUCAUGGAGUCAACAACUGGCUGACAAAGGGGCUCGGUGCCUGCACUUCCACCCCACUGCACCCAUCAGCUGCACCAAGCUGUCCAGGGGAGGGCACUCACCGGGUAGAAUUCUGCACAGACAACACUGAGCACCUGGACACGGUGCUCUCCAAAAUCAACGACAUCGGAGAGGUCUCCUGUCUCACUACUCUCCCUGCCAGGGUUGAAGGUGAGGAGCAAACACGAGUUAGUUUGAGCUGCUCUCAGAAGGCACUGCUGGAGGUGGUGGCAUUACUGUCCCAGGACAGCCGCCUUUAUCGCAGGACCGAGAUCCUCUUACUACAAAAGCCUCCUCUUCCCCAUACAGGCAUGGGCCGUCUGUGCACACUGAGUGAGCCAGUCUCCUUAUCAGACAUAAUCGAGCGUAUCAAAAGCCACCUAAAGCUACCCCACAUCCGCUUAGCCCUGGGAAUGGGCAAGACUCUAGAAUCGCCCGUGAAGAAAGCUGCUCUGUGUGCUGGUUCUGGGGGCAGCGUCCUGAAGGGAACAGAAGCUGACCUCUAUCUCACAGGAGAGAUGUCCCACCACGAUGUUCUGGAUGCAGUUGCCAAUGGGAUAAGUGUCAUUCUGUGUGAGCACAGUAACACGGAGCGAGGCUUCUUGUCAGAGCUGCGUGACAUGCUGGCUGUCCACCUGCAGAACAAGAUCAACAUCACUGUGUCUGAGAGGGACAGAGACCCCCUCCAGGUGGUGUAG